UCAGCAAGAAAAUGCAUAAACUCGAGGGCAUUCAUGCACGCAUACAAUGUAAGACUCUAGCUAAAAAGUUGUAUAGACAUAAAACCUAACCUAUUAUCCUCUCCAGUCCUCAUCGUGCAGGUUUUAGCAGAUAACAUCCUUCAUCCAUCAAACAUCUUCCAUCAAAAGCUUCCACUCUCUGCUCAGGCACUGAAACCUAAUGAACCUUGUUGGUUGGUAACCAUGUUAAACUGGCCUGAAGUUACCUGAGCCCAUGACUAGUUCCAUGUAUAAUUCAUCUCCUCAGUAAUCUACUCACCUUCAGAGAAGGAAUCUGACUCCAUUAGCCUGUCUACCUGCCCUGGAGAAGGACUUAAGUUUGGAGUCUGUUAACGGGUAAUGGUUUAAGAUCAUGGCUGAACAAAGGCAACGGGCCCUGUCCACAUCAGGAGAGGCUCUGUACCAGGUUCUUGGCCUUGACAAGAACUGCACUCAUGAUGACAUCAAGAGGUCCUACAGGAAGCUCGCUUUGAAAUAUCAUCCUGACAAGAACCCAGAGAACCCCGAUGCCACUGACAAAUUUAAAGAGCUCAACAAUGCUCAUGCGGUGCUGUCUGACGUCACUAAGAGGAACAUUUAUGACAAGUACGGCUCCCUGGGUCUGUAUGUGUCGCAGCAGUUUGGGGAGGAGAAUGUGAACACAUACUUUAUGCUCUCCAGCUGGUGGGCAAAGGGUCUGUUUGCCAUCUGUGGCUUGCUGACAGGUUGCUAUUUCUGUUGUUGUCUGUGCUGCUGUUUCAACUGCUGUUGUGGGAAGUGCAAACCGCACACACCUGGAGAAGAGGACCCGGAGUUCUAUGUGUCUCCCGAAGACCUGGAGGAGCAGAUCCGUACGGACAACGAGAGAGAUGGCGACACUCCGAUUGUGAUGCAGCCAACCAAUGCUAGUGAGAAGACCCAGCUGAUCGGUGAUGGACACAGAACAUAUACCUAAAUGGAAAAAAGUGACGAUAGAUAUUAAUUUUAAAAUUCUUUUUGAAUACAUUGGUGUCUUUUACAAUAUACUAGUGAGAAGACCCAGCUGAUCGGUGAUGGACACAGAACAUAUACCUAAAUGGAAAAAAGUGACGAUAGAUAUUAAUUUUAAAAUUCUUUUUGAAUACAUUGGUGUCUUUUACAAUAUACUAGUGAGAAGACCCAGCUGAUCGGUGAUGGACACAGAACAUAUACCUAAAUGGAAAAAAGUGACGAUAGAUAUUAAUUUUAAAAUUCUUUUUGAAUACAUUGGUGUCUUUUACAAUAUACUAGUGAGAAGACCCAGCUGAUCGGUGAUGGACACAGAACAUAUACCUAAAUGGAAAAAAGUGAUGAUAGAUAUUCAUUUUAAAAUUAUUUUUGAAUAUAUUGGUGUCUUUUACAAUAUACUGUUUAUGUUAGGACUGAGAAAGCUAAAAAUACUCAACUUCUUAAGCUUUGUUUAGCCAUGCUGUCU